GCGUCGUGACGUAAGACGAUAGAACCUGGCUCUGGACGUCGACCUGUAAAUUAUUGUGUCACGCGCUUCCGCAUUCAACUAACCUGCAGAGGAGAGAAUGUAUUAUCCAAAUAACCCCAUUUAUCAAUGAAUCAUAAAGAUUUGGAGGUUCCGAUUAAAUUCUGAUUCAAAAUAUGGUUUCCAAGAAUGGUCAUCACAACAGUGCUACCCCUUUAUGAUAUAUUUUCCCCCUCCACACACUCCUGGGUAAAAGCUCUGCUGUUGGGAUAUUUUCCUUUUCCUAAAUGAUUUGGCAGCUCCUCCCGGAUCAUCCCAUGGCCACAUGCUGAUUCCAAGGAAGUCCAAAUUGCAGCGCAGAGGAUUGCAGUAGCAGGAAUCAGAUGGAUUCAACAAGGAAGGGUACAAGGCCCAAAGCCAGGGGCGUUCGUUUUGGAGCUGAGAGCCAUGAGGAGGGAGCAGCCAAUCAUGUUCACUUCGAAGAGAAAUUGCAUGACUCUGUUGUCGUGGUGAUCCAAGAGGAAGAUGGGAGUUUUUUAGUGAAGGUUGGGUUCUUGAAGAUCAGUCACAAAUAUGAAAUCACGUUUCUGCUGCCAGACAACAAAAGCCUGCGACAGGAGACCAGCUGUGCCCCCGUUCCUAACCUUUACUUGAAGCUAGUCGACAUAGCUCCUGUAACAGAAGGUUACCGAGUUAAGUGUGAGUACAUUGCCCACAAGGAAGGGGUUAUCCGAGAGGAAAUGAUCAUGACCAACAAGAUCAACAAUAAUGCCUCUGUAAAAGUUACGUUGCAAGCACGAGUCCUGGACCGGCUCCAUGGAACCCCCAUGCUGUUGGAAGGCGUUAAGUGCAUAGGCUCAGAACCAGAGUACGACUCCGAACAAAGUGAUUGGCAGGGAUUCGAUUAGCUGACACCAAGAUACUAUGCUCCAUUCAACUAUGAAGCCAUGCUGUGUUACCACACAGUGCUGCGCUCGCUAAGCUGUGAAAUAACUUGCAAAGUUUAACUAUAACCGAAGAUUGAUCUUUCUCGCUCUCCCUCUUUAUUUUCGUACUUCAGUAUUCUGCUUGUAAAAGUAAUGUCCCUUUGAGAGUUUAGUUCAAAAAAUGCAAAGGGAAUUUCAGUAAAUGUCAAGUCUUUUGAAAUAUUGAGUGGGAGCUGUCUGCGUUGCUGUAUAUGGAAUGAAUCAGGGGAUAUAUGCAUUGAAUGUACAGUGAGUACAAUUGCAGAAUGUGUUUAUUUUGUCAUAUUGGAGAAAUAAAGAAAUGAAAUCCA